AUGUCUGUCGAAGAUUUAAAAGCUACUGUCACUAAGUUACAAGAUAGAAUUUCAUAUUUGGAACAAAAAGCCGGCGUUGUGCCAAAUGUGCCAAAAUCAGUCAGAAUGGUCUUAAUUGGACCUCCAGGAGCUGGUAAGGGUACCCAAGCUCCAAACUUGAAGGAAAAGUACUGUGCUUGUCACUUAGCUACUGGUGAUAUGUUGAGAGCACAAGUUGCUGCUAAGUCGGCAUUGGGUGUUGAAGCUAAGAAGAUUAUGGAUCAAGGUGGAUUAGUUUCUGACGAAAUCAUGGUUAACAUGAUCAAGUCUGAAUUAGAAAACAACAAGGAAUGUUCUAACGGUUUCAUUUUGGAUGGAUUCCCAAGAACUAUCCCACAAGCCGAAAAAUUGGACUCUAUGUUGGAAACCAGAAAGACUCCAUUAGAAAACGCUGUUGAAUUAAAGAUCGAUGAUGAAUUAUUGGUUGCUAGAAUCACUGGUAGAUUAGUCCACCCAGCAUCAGGUAGAUCAUACCACAAGUUAUUCAACCCACCAAAGAAAGACAUGAUCGACGAUGUUUCUGGUGACGCGUUAGUUCAAAGAUCCGACGAUAACGAAGAUGCUUUGAAGAAGAGAUUAGUUACCUACCAUAAGCAAACCGAACCAAUUGUCGAUUACUACAGAAAGACCGGUAUUUGGUCUGGUGUCGAUGCUUCCCAAAAACCAGGUAAGGUUUGGGAUGACAUCUUAAAAUGCUUAGGUCAAAAAUAA